AUGGGGCAUUUACAUCUUCAUUGUUGACAAAGAGUGGGAAAUGAAAGGUUCCUGUUGUAUGAACUGUCUCUUUCUAUGUUUCUUCCUUCUCCUGCCUUCAGCGGCAGCGUGGAGUAAGGAAAUUUUCGUCUCACCGAAUGGUAACGACUCGUUGAAAUGCGGUGCACGCGAUCAGCCUUGCAAGUCCAUCGACAAAGCUUUCGACGUAGCUUUGUUUGGCGGUGCUAAUUCAACGUUGAUCAACGUAAAAAGCGGAAAUUACACCAUGGCAAAGAGCUUCAACCUCACUAACGUGGAUACCUUCGCUCUUGUUGGCGACGAGGACUUUGGAUCAGGCAAGGUAAGAAUUACUUGCGAGCCAGAAGUAAGCAUUUCGUUCGUUCUUUGUGAAAAUAUUAUAUUCGAAAGAGUACAGCUGCACAGUUGUGGUGGAUGGCGAGAAAGUACCGCGGGAGCAAACGAGUCGGUUCCCAUCGGACCCGGCAACCGAGGUGUUCUGUUUAGGACCGUUUUAGACUUUCGAUAUUGUAGAAACGCGUGGUUCACCAAUGUUGAGGUGUCAAACUCGCCAGGGGUUGGAAUAAACUUCUUCAAUGUUGGAGGCAUUUUGAACUUAACGAACUGUGCAUUCACCGACAAUAAAGGCGCAAACUAUAACGAGACCAACAGGCCGCUACAAGCCCCAUUCAUUGGAGAUGAAUAUGUGCUUUCAGGAGGUGGGGUUAUUUUGACUCUUAGCGUGUACGAAUACAAUGUCUUAAACGUCACACCGAGCCAACAAGAAUCGUUCCAACACAAAAACAGCUACAUCUUCUCGAGCUGCACAUUUCUCGGAAAUGAGGCGAUCGGAUGGAAUAUUAGUAGUAUCUAUGAUCAGAAGAAGGAUCCCGGUCGAUCAGAAUUUAGCUUAGGUGCAGGAUUGGCGAUAAAUUUCAAAGGCAAUGCCAGCGGCUGCAAUAUUCAAAUUCAGUCUUGCUCAUUUACUGAUAAUAGGGCUGUAUGGGGAGGAGCUCUUAACGUUGAAAUAAGAGAUCAAGUGAAAAGGAAUCGUUUCAUGAUAACGAACACUUCAUUUCAUGACAAUUUUGGGAGACUCGCCGGCGGGGGAGUUCGGAUUGGCAAUUUACAAACACGGGCCACAGUGGACACUAUGAAUACAUUUAUCUUUGACAAGAACUGUGUAUUCACAAACAACACAGCCAUUUGGGGCGGUGGUGUGUCACUGUAUGGAAGAUCUAUAUGGGGCUCUUCCAAUACGGAGACUCACUUUUUGGGGAUGUUCAACCUUUGUAUCUGGCGAGACAACCAAGCAACAGUGGGAUCCGCAAUAGCGGUCAUGCUUGACAGAAAACAGGAAGUCCAGGUUGAUUCGGGAAUUCCAAUCUCGAUCAGCUUCAAAGACUGCACGUUUACAGGGAACCAAGUUGACGUUUUAGAUGAAGGUGUUAUGAUAGGCGAAGGUGCAUUGUACAGUGAUGGGGUAAUCCUUAACUUCCGAGGGAAAACUUUGUUUAUAAACAAUACGAACACGGCAUUGUCCUUGGAUGGGUCGGUGACAAAGAUAAGCGAUCAUGUGAAUUUUAUCAAUAAUCAUGGUUACAGAGGAGGGGCCUUGGCAAUGCGUGGCUAUUCAAAAAUUAUUUUUCAGAAGAAUUCGACCUUAUCUUUUUACAACAAUUCGUGUGACCACAAAGGAGGAGCAAUGUACAUUGAAACUGCUGGAUCUCCAAUGGUGGCUUUCAACGCAACUGGUGUGGACAUUCAUGAUUGCUUUUUUGGAUACGAAGACGCACGAGACUUUCAAUACUGGAAUACUUCUGUAAUUUUUCAAGGCAAUGAAGCAGUUGAUGACAGAAAAGGAAACUCAAUAUACGCAACAACUCUUAAAAACUGUCGGCGGCCUGGUGAGUCUCGGCAAGACAACACAGUGCUGAAAUGGAAAUUCAUCCAUUUCAAAACUUUAGAUGGUAAGAUUUCCUCGAGAAAGAACGAAGUAACAACUGAUGCUGUAGACCUACUCUUUGAUCCGAAAGAUUGGGAAGUUGCUCCAGGAGAAAUAUUCAACGCAAGAGUCGAGUUAGUCGACGAGAUAGGGAACACCGUCGUUGGAAUUGUGGACAUUGAUAUCCAUGUUCCCGAAAAAGCACCAGCAGUUAAACUUGGAACUACCUCCACGGUCUUUCUAGCUGACGUACAAAUAUCCUCUCUGAGUCUGACUGGAGAGCCCGGGAGUGUGUUCACGGUGGUUAUGCACUACAUGGCAAGAGAACUAUUACAGGAUAGAAUCGUAAACGUCUUUCUGCAGAGUUGCCACGCAGGCUUCUCUUAUAACAAAACCACUCAGAAUUGCGUUUGCAUGAAAUCUCCAGGAAUAGCACGGUGUGACUUACAUGACAAAAAGACUGUUUACCUGAAGAAAGGUUAUUGGGCUGGGAAAGUGGGCGAUGAUUUCACAACAUAUCCCUGCCCCGACGGAUACUGUACCACUCUGAAGUCCAUAUUUCCCGGCGAAUACCAGUACAUACCCAGAACCUUAUGCAAAGAUGGCAGAAACCAGACGAGUGUACUUUGUGGCCAAUGCAAGCGUGAUUACAGUAUCAUGUUUGCCAGCGAACAAUGCUCACCCGAUUGCUCUAAUAAAUGGCUAUGGAUGAUUUUGGCCUAUGUAAUAGCCCUCAUCAUAGUUACUUGCUUCGUGUUGCUGGUUAAUCCGAACCUGUCAGGGGGACACCUAAAUGCUUGUUUGUACUCAUACCAAAUCAUGAAAAAACUCACUCCAGAAGGGUUUACUUUCGAUCCUAUUAUUGAAUUUCUCAUCGGACUGACUAACUUUCAACUUGGAGGUGGACGGGGCGUUUGUUUCGCGGCUGGUUUAAGCAAUGUUGACAAGCUGGCCAUAUCGGCUCUCUUUCCAAUCGCUGAAAUACUUCUGAUUUUGCCUUUGUUAAGACGGGUGUUGAUUAAAACUUGGAGCAAGGGGUUGGACAGGCUUGUUAAUAGACUGAACGACAGAGAGCGCUGUUGUUGUGGCUGUUUCUGUCGAAACGCAGUUGUGAGCUGGCUGGAGUUCUUCUCUGCCUCAUUCAAAGCACGUAUAGAGAAUGGAUUCGACCAUGCCUUCUUCACCAUUAUAGUUUUGUGCUAUGUCGACAUAACCAACAUUGCACUGCGUCUCUUGCAUUUCGUCCAGGUUGGUGAGCGGUGGGUGUUGUUUGAUGAUGGUAAUGUUGAAUUCUUUGACAGCGUUUUGCACGGUAUAUUCGUAGUCGGUGCUAUUUCCCUUCUGCUGUUCGUUAUUUACAUCCCAUUGAGACUUGCAAUCUACCCGCAUAAGUCAAACUUGCGACUUGAAACUUUGCACGCUUGUCUCAAGCCUGGAUAUCGCUCUUUUGUGGCUUACUACCUUGUGUGUCGACUGGUGCUGCUACUAAUAAGCACUUUCAUGCCUACUAGCCCUCUGAAAACCUCAUUGUUGCUUUUCUUUUGCAUUUUCUUCAUGUUUGUCAUCGCAACUAUAAGGCCUUACACAGAAAGGAACCAUGGUGGCAAUGGAUACGAGGCUCCACAAGCGACAACUCAGAGUGGUAACUUUACAGAAGGAAGGCAAAUAUCUAAAGAAGCAAGUCCGUGCGUCAAUGAAACACCAACCCCUCCACAAGAACUAACUCGUGUGGGUGUGGAUGGCCACGAAAUGGAAGAACAACAAAUAGUGGCAAAUGAAGGCAACGCUGAAGGAGAUCAAAAUCUGAGAGAAGAUGCAGGGGGUUCCCAGAAAAACCUGUACAUCAACGAGUCUGACCUGGUGAUCUUAAUGACGCUGAGUGCCAUUGGAGUUUUCAGUCUUCCCACCAACACAGAGGUCUCCAAAAAUACUAAACUUGGUCUGCGGUGGUGUGUUAGGAUCUUGGCAUACGUCCCUCUGGUGAUGGCUUUUCUUCCCUACAUCUUCUAUUUACCACGCCUAGUACAGAGGUAUCGCUAUGAGAGAAGAGAGCAUCAAGUAACUGAGCAACAGGAUGUAUCAUUCAUGCCGCCCGAGCGUAGCCUCGUAUUACAGGAAGAUCGGUCAGGUGAGAAAACUCCACUGAUAAGAACCAGAGAAGAUACAGAUUCUGACCAUGGUACAAGAUUUCAUACAGCCCACUCGAGCCUUCCAGUGUAGACGAGAGGUGAAAUUGUACCUAGCUACGAAUUUAGAAGCAGACGAGUCACUGAUGUGCAACAAAGAUUUGAAUAGUGUCUAUCGUAGUUGAAAAAUAAUUAUCCCUGACCAAAACCAUUGCGACGUUUGACUUUCUAAUUUUGUGCUAAUGCUUUUGUUAAAUCGAGGACUCUUAAUGCCAUUUUUCCCCUAAAAUUAUGAUUUCACGCUAAAAAACUGGGGUGAUUAGAAUAAUAUCAUUUUCAAUCAGCGAUCUAUUAUAGCAAGCGUGACACAGUUACAGACAAAGCUUUUAUAUUGAGGUUAAUUAUAAAUUGUUAUUAUGAUGACGAGACUCACCAGAACUUUCAUUAGGCUCUAGUGUAGUCAAUCUAUAAAUUUCGAUGAUUGAUUUGAAUCCGUAAUUACACGAAGCCACUAAGUUUACUGGCAUUUAACAAGUUAGGUAAGAAUUUAGCAAGCAAUUUUUCCUCCACCUGAAGCUAGGUUUUCCUUUAUCUAAGAUAUUUGACUUGUACUGUUAGGUUGGUUUAUUAAAAUCUCUACUUUAUCUAAA